AUGGAAGGAUCCGGACUGCCACCUGAUCAUGGUAAAAAGCGCACCAGAGACCAUGAUGAUGAUGCCGAGUUGGGUUUCUUCGCAAGUCGAAAGCGUACUGAUCACGGCCAAGCUCAACCCCGUUCUGACCUAAAUGCCUCCUUGGCAGAGUCGGGUCUUGUACAGACGACGUGGGGACCAGUCUUACCUAUCGGCGCCACUAGUCUCCCUGAAGAGGCUGUGGCCAAAUUUGGUGUCUAUCGCAAUCUUGAGCCUAGCGGUGCGCACAACUCCAGUGAUGAUGAUUCCGACGACGGCCGCCCGUUUGGAGGAAGAACGAGCACACAUUGGCAAGCAAUCAAAGCACACUAUCAAUCUAACACGCACACGCAACCUCAUACUCUUCAUCCCUCUGACUCCGAUUCUGUACGCAAGAACCAUAUUCAGAUGUAUGCUCCACCUCAAACCCGUAUUCGAACCUUACCCGUCUUCAAAUACAUCGGAGAUAGACGGGUGGCUAGAUCUAGUGCAUCGACUCUUGUUCAUCAAUCGUUCCAAGAGCUGCAAUCUGCACGUCUGAAUACAGGAAUGGGCAGCGGAGAAACCACAACGGACAAUGCCAAUAUGAGUGGCCGUGGUGGUCCUCAUCAGAUGGCUGACUUCCCUUACCGGCGCUCUCAGGCUCCUUCUCCCUCUCCAACUCUCGAAGUUGACGCCCUCAACUCCGCUCCCCCUGCCCAGCAGAAGCAAAUGCUUGGCGAGGUCCUCUACCACAAAAUCCGCAAGCAGCAGCCCGAGCUUGCUCCUAAGAUCACUGGUAUGCUCCUUGAAAUGGACAAUACUUACAUUCUUGACCUGAUCGCCGACGACGUUGCUCUCUACAACAAGAUUGUCGAGGCCACACGUGUCUACAAGGACUACCUCAAGUCCGAGCAGAAGCAAAAGGAGAUGCUUGGUGAACUACUCUACCCGAAGAUUCGCGAGCAGCAGCCCGAGCUUGCCGGCACGAUUACUGGUAUGCUCCUUGAAAUGGACACUGCUGAGCUCCUUGAUCUGACCACCAAUGACGCCGCUCUCCGCAGCAAGGUUGCUGAAGCUAUUGCCAUUUACAACAAAUACCUCGAGAUCCAGGGCAGCGAAGGCGCUACUCAUGCUCACAACAACUAUGUCAACGAGUUUAUAUCUCUUCCUGCUAGUUAUGAGCCCGUGCCCAAGUACCGUAAACCUCGUCACAAAAGUCUUCGCAACAAAAAGGCGCCUAUCAUCGAUGAGCCGCCUCUCAACGAGCCGUCUCCCCCAGGACCCCAUGUCUCAACACUGCCUGUUGUUGAUUACAGCAGAAUCGUUACUGUGUUCCAACCCGGCUCGUCAACACCGAUUGUUCGGCCCCACCAAGGACUGCAGCUGGGAGAGAGUCUGGAGCAGGUAGAAAUGUGCCCCAGGAUUGACAACAUGGAUGUCGAAGGCGGCAAGCUGUACCUCGCGCAGACACUGCACUUCCACUACCGUCUGUGGAUCGGCUGCCCUCUUCAUGAAACCGAAGAGGGAAAAGUCGGCCACGCUCGCCAUGUAUCAGGCAAAAAAUCUGAUGCAAAGCCGCAGUCUCGCAUGUGGCGUUGCGCUUUGCAGUCUGACCAUCACAUCACCAACACAGAAUACAUCGAACUCGCCAAAGCACAACUACCUCACAAGAUUUUUGCUAACGUUGCUGAAGAACUCAUCCGCCAGCUCCGCUCCAAACAAUGCCAACCUCGAAGACCUAAAGAUCCGGCUCAAUUUGACGAUUUCGACUUCCACAGCAUCGUUCCUUACGUUGUCGUUCAGUGA